AUGGAAACCCUCCCCCGACGUAACCUCUCCCCGCGACGGAAUCAUCACCCUUCCGGCCUCCGUUACGAUUCCUCAACGACCAUCGGCGGCCCAUCCCAUUCGUCGGCCAUCCUCCGACUUCACGCCACAGUCUAUCACCACAUUGAUAUAGUUAACCAUCUGAAUGUUUUUGUGGCAUACUGUGUCUAUCACUUUAGUGGUAGAUCUAUCACUGCAGUUGUUGAUCUAUCGCUGCAGUGUCAGAGCAGUGAGUUCCUCAAGAAGUUGUGGAGCGGCGACAGAUGCACGCUAGGAAAGACAAAUCGCACGGAGCAGGGAGUAGAGCACGUUCCGGACUACAAGCGAGAGCGAUUAGGGAGCUUGCAAAAUGGAGCAAUGACAAUGAAGAUAUUUAUGGUCCAGCAACUCUUAAUGUCGAGUUUCAACGAAAGUUAAAGAGGCUUGAGGUGGAAAAAUAUAUUGUAUUCAUUUGGUUAAUCAAAUUGAUGAAGAAUUUAAUGGAUGCAUAUUUUGGAAACUUUAAUGGUAUUUGGUGCUCUAUUGUCACAUUAGUAGUAUCCUUCC